CACAGCAACAUGUCUGUAAGGAGGAGGAGGUUCUCUCUGACCAGCAGCUCUGUGUUCAGGAGAGGAACUCCAGUCUGGACCAAGAGGACCAUGAGCUUCCACAGAUAAAAGAGGAACAGGAUGAACUGUGCACCAGUCAGGAGGGAGAGCAACUUGUGCUGAAGCAGGAGACUGAUGCUUUUAUGGUGACUUCUACUGAUGAGGAAAGUGACUACGGUGAAGCUCUGAGCUUUAGUUUGGAUGAAACUCAGUGUGUGGUGAAAGAAAAGCACCUAAACUACAUUUCAGUUAACAGCUCUGUGGUGCAAGAACCAAACAGUGACCACCUGCUCCUCUUUCACAACUCUCAGAGCCAAGAUCAGGAUCACGAGCAUGGAGACUCCGGACCGACUAGAAAUGCAGAGAUAGUGCUACACACUCAACAUCACAAUAGCAACAGUCAAACUAACAGUACAACUAAUCCUACCAUGGUAACAUUUCACUGCGAUAUUCAAACAGGUAAAAAGUCUGUAAAAUGUGGCACGUGUGGGAAAACUUUUAGGUGCAAGUCAUAUUUGCAGAGACACCUUUUAACCCACACAGGUGAGAAGCCGUAUUCUUGCAACACCUGUGGGAAAAGAUUCAGUCAGACAUCAAUACUGAAGGCUCAUACAAGAGUCCACACAGGUGAGAAGCCACAUUCUUGCAUCACCUGUGGGAAAAGAUUUCUUCGGAUAUCAGAUCUGAAAAAUCAUGUAAGAAUCCAUACAGGUGAGAGGCCAUAUUCUUGCAAAAUGUGUGGAAAAGCAUUUGCUCGCCACAGUUGCUUGUUGGUCCACAUGAGAAUCCAUGCAGAUAUGAAGCCACAUACUUGCACCACCUGUGGGAAAAAUUUCAGAACGAGCGGUCAGAUGACACGCCACCUGAGAACCCACACAGGCGAGAAGCCGUAUUCUUGUAGUGCCUGUGGGAAGAAAUUCGGUUGGCCAUCAUUGUUGACGGCUCAUACAAGAAUCCAUACGGGAGAGAGGCCGUAUUCAUGCAAAACAUGUGGGAAAGUUUUCAGACUUAAAAGUGCCUUGAAACUCCACAUGAGUACUCACACAGGUGAGAAGCCGUAUACAUGUGUAACGUGUGGGAGAGCUUUCAGUUUCAGUACUAAUUUGAUCAGCCACUCGAAAAUCCACACAGGCGAGAAGCCAUUUUCCUGCAACAUCUGUGGGAAAGACUUCAGACGUAACUAUGAGUUGAGAGUCCACACGAGAAGAAAUCAUUAACCUCAUAUAUUUUAUGAUUACUGCAGUACUCAUAUUUCUGUUAACAGUAUUUCUUUGAAACAAAGAAAAUCUCCCAAAUCUUCGAAAAGACUUUGUAUAUAAAACAAAUUUCAUCCUGAAGUUUCAACUGUGAGCAAAUUCUGUUCAUCAAGGCUGCAGAUGGAUGUGACUGACAUCAAAAAUGAGUGAUGAACAGUUCUUUUCAGAGUCAAGUUAAAACAUGCAGGUGUUUUAGAGGUUAACUUAAGCCCCGUUUCCACCGAGCAGUACUGUAUAGCUCAGUCCGGUGUGCUUGUUUUCCGUUUCCACUGUGAAAAGUUGUGGAUGGUACCGAUGGAGCCAUUCCGUACCGUCCCCAUGUUUGGUCCCCCCUCUGUUGGGGUACCUAGCACACA